AUGGUGGUGUUUGUCGACUUGGACCAAGAUGCCUUCACCGAGUAUUCCGGUUCAGCGGGCAAACCAUUCCCGUCCAAGCUGACCGUCGCGCCCAUCGCGACCGCAGCAGCUUCGGCUGAUUUCCUUCCUUCCCCCACCUCCUCGGACGAAGAUCGCGAUCGCAGUCGCGACGCAGAUGUCUCCACGACUCCGAAUACUGUCGAGGAUCCGGUGAAUCCUAACCGGAAUGCCUUCUCAGCUGCGCUGAGCUGUUACCCUAUCGUCAAGGAAAUCGCUCGCAAUAUCGAUUUAAAUACCCUCUACGAUUUAUCGCGUACAUGUCGCCAGUUCCAUGUUAACUUGGCGCCCUUCCGGCACCAGCUGGUGCGGGAAACCCUUCGCUGCGAGAACGAGUAUAUCGAGACGGUCGCGGAGAUGCUAGACACUGGUACAGCCAUUCCUAGCAGCGUCAAAUCGGUCCUGCAAUUACUGAGCCAGGGUAGCUCGGAGUCAGGUCGGAUGACGCGUGGGAAAGUGGGCAAGUGUGCACGCGACAUGGUGGGUGAAUGUCGGCGUUGCAGUAAGAUUGUUUGCAGGAAUUGCACUAUCAAACCGCCGUCACAACAAGCGAUGAAGGGUCGUAUUCGUCGACUUUGUCGCACAUGUAACACGGCUCCGCUCUCUCACCAUCUACAAGGGAUGCCAGACGGGUCAUCACUGGACCUCGAUAGCGACCUCGGGAAAGGGAUAAAACAAGAGACGUUAUCACAAAACAUCUGCCACUGCAACGACGCAGUCUGGCUAUGUGUCCAAUGCGGCCAGACCCUCCGCAGCAACGACACAACUUACCGCCGCGUAUGGGCCUGGCGCACGAGAUACAGCACAUACCUCGGCGGAGGCCUCGGCACAGGGAUCGGCGAAGGAUCCCAAGGCGUUAAGUGCGGGCGCGGCGAAACCUGUCUCGCUGGACAGGAGAUCGAGCUCGAAGUUGACUGUGAAGCGGAUGAAAGUUCAAGUGACACAAGUAGCACAGGCUAUCAUAGUCCAACGAGUCAUCCAUCUGCGUCAUCACAUUAUCACCAAGAGCUGGUCUCUUCGGAUAGUCAUGACGACGAGGAACCGGGGUACUUCCGGCAGGAAGUUAUUGGGUUAGGGGGCGUUGUUAAGCAUAAGGCCAAAAAGAGAGUCAUGGUUGGUGCUUGUGUUGUUGAGCAUGAGGAUGAGAGGGAGACGGGGAAGUAUCUUAUUAAGGAGGAGAGUGGAUCGUGUCGGGCUUGGUGUGGGUGGUGUUCGAGGGUGAUUCCGGCGCAGAAUGAACUUGGGAAUGAAUGA